CUAUCAUGCCAUCCCAUCAUAUAAAUCCAGACGCUGCCAGUCGUCUCCGUCUUUAUCUCUUCUCAGGCUCUCACCUCUGCUGCUUGAACUCACCAGUGUGGUGUUUUGCUGUUUAUUGCUCUGUUCUCUCUCUCUGAAUGAGGCCUCCUGGUCCCGGUCCCGGUCCCGGCCCCGGCCCCGGCCCCGGCCCCGGCCCGUUUCCUGGUUUCUUUGGCGGGAUCUUUGACGGCCUUUGUGCCAGCGUGUCAUCCUGCUUGUAUGUCCUGUGCUGUUGCUGGCUGAUAAAUGACUGCUUUGGGGGGCCAGGCGGGCCGCCUCCUCCAGGUCCGGGCCCACCACCUCCUCCUGGUCCAGGCCCACCACCUCCUCCUCCAUUCUGGUUUCCACCUGCCCCGGGGCCUCCUCCGCCUCCUCCACCCGGCCCCCCAGGCCCAGUUUUCGGCCCUCCCCCACCUCCUGGCCCCGGUUUCGGCCCUCCCGGACCAUUUGGUCCUCCUGGGCCUGGUGGGCCUCCAGGUGGUCCCCCUGGGCCUGGGGGCCCAGGCCCACGGCCUUGGUAAAACCCGUUAUCUCGCGGAGUUUGGGCAAAUUUCGUUUUGAACAUCUCUUCUAGUGGAUAUAAUACGAUUGGGAUUGUUCUGACUACUCUGCUGAGCAGAUAAGUACCCCACGAAAUAAGUCUUCAGCACGCAUUCGAGGGCCAUAAGCAAAGGCUAUUGAGAAACGAUUGAUCCCCUUAGCUUCAAUCAUAGUAGAGGGACACCAACGUAUUGCACGGAUCAUGUAACAACUGAUUUUAAUUUGCUUGGCGUUUCGAUCAAUAGAUUCCCACAUCCAUAGUGAAGUGAGAUUUGUUCUAGGGCAUAUGUUAGUUUAAACUCACUCGUAACGUUCCUAGCCCACUCAAGGCUCGCAUGUUUACAUAUAAUAGACGCCGUGAAAAAUAUCAACUGCUAAAUAAGGCUGGGCUCACAUUAAGUUGAUAAUUAGUCGCCUUCGACAUCUAUAAAAUAGAUAUGUGACAAAUUCUGGUUUGGCAAGUCGACCGAUGUCUAAGAAAUCAGCUACCAUGGCACCGAUAAAUUCGGUGGCGAGCAUUGAAGCCAACUAUGCACGAUUCUUCCGGUGUUGGUCAAGCCAACCAUGAAUCCACUGGAUAUGUUUCGUCCUGUAA